GUCCUUAAGGGGUUAAGCAAUCACCAAUGAAGGAGAGUUUUAUUGGGUAAUGUCUGAGUUUUUUACUAUUAUUUCUGUAGGUGGUCAUCGCUAUUAUGGCUCUAGUACUCAUCACUCACCCUGCAGAUGGCGUUAAGGAUUCUAUAAAAAAGAACAAAGUCUCAAAGAAUAAGAAUGGCUCAAACUGCCUUGAGGUCCGAGUGAACAGACCGGUCAGACCACAAGUGAUCCGUGAGAUCAGAGAUUUUCGGGACAGAAGCAUUGUGCCCUUUGAAUACAAGAACAUCAAGAACCCCAAAGGGUAUCCUGACCGAAUCGUGGAGGUCGUCUGCUCCAGCAAAUGUAUGGGCAAUGAGAUGAAUGUGGCCCCCAUUAGGAGGAAUAUUCAUUACCUUAGGAGAGAGGGUAAGGUGCUGGUGCUGGACCAGAUGAUGGUGACGGUCGGCUGCACGUGCGUCUACCCAGACAUAAGAGAACAACAUAUGACGUGAUCUUCAGCGAUCGCAACCUUAAGGGACUUGCAGCUCUGGGGGCCAGCAUUUUAUUUUACUGGUCCGUCACCAAGCUUGUUCCAAAGCCCAUAUCAUUUACAUAUAUAUAUAUAUAUUUUUUUUUUUUUACUUUAUUAUAUCUUAAUUUUUCAGUAUUUAACUGAGCAUGAAGCAGUAACAU